CCUGUGAAGCAGCGGUGAGCACUGGCUGGCUGCAGUACAGAGAUGUGAAGAAAUAUUUCCCAUGCCACUAAAUCGGUGUCUGGACAGGCCAGGUGAUGAAUAGCCAGAGAUCCUGCCCUGCAAUCUGCGCCCGGUCACUGUGUCAGGGGGGCUGACUACUUACUCACAGUGCCCCAGUGAUCAUAACAUGGCACCCAUCAUGGAGGGCACACACACUGUGUUGCUGCUUUAUGCACCCAUCCAUGAACUAAGCAACAUCAGCCUGUAUGUUCCCAAGAGGCUGGCCCCUAACUUCAAGUACAAGAGCCGCGCCUCUCAUUCAGGAAGGGCCUGUAAUGACCAUGACCGGGCUAAGGAGGAUCUCGCAGUGUCCGAACAAAGAGGCCAGUCUUUCAGCUCCUCAGGCGAACUCCUCAUCUGCCAGCAGGCUACAAAGGAGGCGGUUGCAGAGCUCUGCUGGCUGGCGGCAGAGCACCAUCAGUUGCUGGCAGAUCUCUUAUCGCUGUGUAGGGAUUGUGCCGUCAAAGUCAGAAUGGGUAACCAGGAUGGGAAACUCCAGGAUUACAUGGAGGGUCAGGAAGUUAACCUCGGCAACAGCAACUACUCUCUGACCGUGUCUCCAGAGCACAAGAGAGCCACAUCCAAGAGCAAAAAGAUGAAGAAGUUGGGAGGCAAGAAGCUUGACCCCACAGAGGGUUUCCAACACAACAAGAUGAAGAAGAAAGUUUCAAGUGGAAGUUCAUCCAAACAGCUUGGUGCUCGCAAAAGUGGGUCCAUAUCUUCAACCUCAGUGAUGCAGCAGAUCCCAGGUACCCCGACCUCGAGCCAUGUCACUGACAGCCCAGUCACCGGCUCUUAUGUCAGUGCGGUGAGUAACCCCAUCCUGCCCAUGGAGGAACCCUUCCAGAUUGCUCGUGAGGUUUGGGACUUUAUGGAAGACAACCGGACAUAUGAGCCCGACAUUGAUUUCUGCAAUGACUUCUCCGAGUAUGACGGUGAGCUGGGUUAUGAGUCGUCCUUCUGCAGCCUGAUGGAGGGUCUGACCCGGCGGGAAAGCGGCAGCAACCUCAGACCAAUAAGAGGGUCCGAUUCCUCGGGUGAGCCAUUAUCUGAGAAUUCACUGACAGUCAAGUUCCCUCAGCAGCUGUAUGGCGAAAGCAACCAGAGUAACGCUGGGCCGAGGGUUGUCACCAAAGUGCAGGAUGUGGAAGGGAGAGUGCAACAUAUCGACCAUUCAAACCCAGAUCCGGGGACUAGCAGCUGCCAGCAGGGGUUUGGAGAGUGGAAGGGACCAAACAGGGACCCCCUCCUGGGUCUCAAUAGAGAAAAGAUGGGUUACAAGCUUUCUGAGGGUCUACGGUUGCCCCUUUUCCAUACCACUGAACCUCACCCACCAGCCAGAUACCACAAAAAAAGCCCCUCUUCACCAUCUCUCGCUGGGGUCUUCAACAUGUCUUUUCCCGCCUCCAACAGUCUUCACAGCAUGUCCCCAGUCCUGUCCCCUCGGUCCUCCAAGCAGGCAAGCCCACAGCUGAACCACCGCAUUGUUAUGCUCUCAGAUAAAGAUGAGGACCAUGAACGAGCCAGCUCCAGCAACACAGAGGAGUCCAAAUUCUUCACAGAGUCCAUUGACAAGAACGGCAACAAUCGAACCUUCACCCGACUGGAUCUGAACCUCAGGCGGCGGCCUAGCAACUCCACGUGGACUUCCUCCAGCAACUCCACAACAACAACAACAGUACCACGAAGCUUUUCUCAGUGUGCCCUUCAUCUGGCAUUGCUGUUGCUGGAUUUCAAAAGACAGAAGUAGAAAGAGAUGCAUUGAAAGAGAUUCAAAAGUGUGUGUGUCUGUGACAGCAAUUACUUUGAAGCAGACGACAGUUUUACGCAA